GUGUUACUUGUGUUAGUUGACGCUAACCUGUUGGUCUCAGGCCGCGGACAGAUUCGGUAACAAACGGUGGUUCCGAUCCUCAGAUCUCCGUUAUUCCAGAGCUUUAACGGUCAAACUGUGUCUUCCCGCCGGUUAUAAACCCCAGUCUCUUCCUCUCGGUCCCCGCGCUACUUUUAAAAUGGCGGCUUUUUCGGUGGAUUACGGUUUCAGCAGCCUGGAGCCUUAGAACAAAUCACUCGAUCAGUUCGGCCGAGUCACCAUGUAAACGGACGGACAGGAAACCAGCGGUGAGUCGGCAGUGAACAGGUCCAGAACCAGUCAGAACCCAGGAUCAGAGUCAGGGUGGCCGUGGCGUCGUCCCGGUGGAGGAGCAGGCUGAUGGAGAGUGACUGCCGGAUCCCCGUGGCAUGUUGUCGGCCUCGAGUCCUUGUCCUCCACGCUCUGUUCUGGGGCCUCGUCUCUCUUAGAGUGUUUGGAGCUGCUCUGCUGAGUGAGGAGAAGACCACAGCAGUUAAACCUGUGGUCGCCCCCUGCUGGCUGCUGGAGGAGUUCGUCGUGACGACAGUGUGUUCGCAGUGUAACGCCUUCCAGACUAAGUCGUGGUCGGCCUGUGGACAGACGGGAUACGUGGAGAGAGUCAACUGUACCAAAUCAAACAGGGACGAGUACAAGAGCUGUCGCUCCACAGUGAUGGAGGAGCAUCUCUUCUGGAAGUUCGAGGCGGCCAUGUUGACUCUGAUGAUUUUCUUCGGCAUCCUGGUGGUCGCGCGUCAGCGGUGGCUGGACCGCCUCGCAUCAGAGAAGGUCCGCCGACAAAUUGAGUCCAUCUAGGAAGCCGGAGACAACACGACCAGACCUGAAUCGCAGGUGGAGCGUAAACUGAUCUGGAUUCACAGUUUGGACUGAAGACACAGUGGAUCAGGGAAUUUUUGUUGUUUUCAGAAACAUGAUGAGGAGAGAGCACGUGGAAGCAGAAAACCAGCGGCGGGCGGAACUUCGGUUCCUUCUUUCAUCUUCACUCAUGAAAAUUCAGAAGUUCAAUUCUCCAUCAACGUUUCUGACUCCAGUUUUGGUGAUUUUGAAUUUCUCAGACGAACUGAAGUAGUUUUCCUUCAGCAGCCGAAGCCAUGAAAACCCCCAGACCUAGGAACCUGAGAACAGGACCGAGCUCAGGACGUGGACGUAAAUCUUAAAUCUCUGCUCAGUUAAAGAAGCAGAAAAUCUUUAUGGAGAAUUGAACUUUUGAAAUCAAAACACAUGAAGGAACAAAAUGAAACAUUUAAAAACUAAACCUGGACCAGCUCAGACCUGGUCCACAGUUUAAAUCCUUCCUCAGUAUUUUGUGUUUGGUCGGACGGUUCUGAAUCUGAUUGGUCGACCUCAUCACUUGCUGAGCUCUGAUUGGUCUGAAAUCUGAGGCCAAACAGUCAGACGUGUUUAUUCCAAGUCACCAGAGACUUGAUUGGUCGGAACAAAUGUGAGGCCUGGGCUCAGAGAGUCGGUCGCCGAUGAAGUCGUGCUGAGGAUGUUCAGAUGAUUUUAUUGUUCAUUUCAGGGUUUGACUGUAAAUAUGUUUGUUUUUGUUUUUCUGUGAAGUUUCUGACAAAAUAAACUGUUGAGAAACUGA